AUGAAUCACAAUGCUGCCGCCAACGGAGGGGGGGGAAACCGAAACGGAGACGGAGACGGAGAUCAGAACCAUCAGAUUCCACAACAAUUCUUACAGCACGCACCAAGGCCACGGAGCGUGACAUUCACGAUGACAAGAACGAAUCUGGAAUUAAUAUACGUUACAUGGGCCGCUGCGCGAGCCCGCGUGGACCAAGAACUCUACCGCCCACACUUGCCAUUUCAGCCCGUGCCGCUGCCUCCGUACUGGUCAGACGAAGAUCGGGCGAUGAUGGUCCUUUGGGUUGCGAGAGAGCGCCGUGUUUUCGAGAUGGAGAUGCGGGAGUUGGAGUACCUCCUGGGACUCCGAGACGGCUGCACAUACUGGACACAUCUGUCGGGUGAACUCGUCAACACAUGGGGGCAGAGGGGUGCACGGCGCAUUCGAGAUGGAGGUCACUCUCGUUCGCUCGCAUAUAUUGCGUGCCAGCUCAUCGUCAACAUGGUCGAGAGCCUUCUUGCUGUUUGA